CAUUAAUUGCAAAUUCUUCUGGUGGCCACAGUUAUCUCAUUUCAACAAUUUUCUCUGAAAGCGUGAAAUUAUGGCUACGUUGAAGAAUUUACGUAUUAUAAGCAGUAUUGUCGUUGGUACAGGCGCAGGUUUAUCGGCUUACUAUUACCAACUUUUGCGCGAACCCGAAAACCUAGUGCAGAAUUCCUUGCCAGUCUACAGUACCCCGGUUAGCGAAGGUGCACUCUGGGACACCAAUUGGGACUUUCGCGAGCCCAAAAGUUGUGUGCGACCGGUUAAAAAUGCUUCGCCACAAGAGGAGAAUCGUUACAAUAACGAGUUGGAAAAAAUGCGCGUGAAAGCGACACGCCAUAUAGUGCUUAUACGACAUGGUCAAUACUUGGAUAAUGGCAAACAUGACAAAGACCACCACCUUACCGAAUUGGGUAAAUUACAAGCAAAAUAUACAGGACAACGUUUGCACGAGCUGGGCAUUAAGUGGGAUAAGAUUAUCGUGUCGACCAUGACUAGGGCACAAGAAACUUCGGAGAUGAUACUUAAAGAAAUUGAGUAUGACCCUGAAAAAGUGAGACACUGCCCUUACUUACGUGAAGGUGCACCCAUAGCACCACAACCGCCUAUCUCACAUUGGCGUCCCGAGAAAUUUCAGCAUUUCUUCCAAGACGGCGCACGCAUUGAAGCGGCUUUCAGACGUUAUUUCCAUCGCGCCGCUCCCGAUCAAGAGCAUGAUUCCCAUACGUUGAUCAUUGGUCACGCUAAUGUUAUACGUUAUUUCGUAUGCAGAGCAUUGCAACUGCCACCUGAAGCAUGGUUACGCAUCAAUAUUAACCAUGGUUCGAUUACAUGGCUAACUAUUAGACCAUCUGGUAAUGUUAGCAUCCACCAUUUGGGCGAAACUGGCUAUAUGCCGGCGAAUGUAAUAUCACAUCGUAUUCCGCGUGAGGCGAAAAAUGUUGUUUAAACGGCGCAAUAAUGCAAAUGUGAAUUUAAUGAAUUAAAAAGAAUAAGUUAAAAACCUUAGUGCAACCAGUAGUUCCUGUUGUUGCGGAAAAAGAAAACGAACCUAUAUGCAGUUAUUUAAGGUAAAUGCAUUGUUUAUAAUUUAAUUAAAUACAAUGGGUAAACCGAAAUAGACAGACAUGGUUGAAAAAAUAUAAAAACAAACAAAGAAACA